CCCGCCUCUUGCUCCGCCCCCACUGCUUAUUGCCAGUCGCUCUCACUGGUCUGCAGUGUCCGCUGCUCCGGUGACGGGCUGGUCGCCACCUACAAUUACGAUUUUACGCUCAUGUACUCUGAUCCCAACCUCGAUACACCCCCUCCCCAAUCGCAAUUUCGCCGGCCUUGGUCUCCCGAGCCAUACGACCCACAGCCAUCGACUCACAACACUUACAAUCCGCAUUCCCGAUUCCUUAAUCAGGGUUACGAACAAGAAUAUCAGCCAAACUACAACUAUGACCAUAGUUAUCCAACUGCGCCACGACGAAGGGAGGCCUCCGAGGUGUCCGUUGAGGCAUUGGACCUUGCAGACUAUGCCAUGACCCUUCGAGCACACCAGAACAAUGCCUACCAAAGCACAAGUCGAGAAAUGUUCUACCCUCCUUCCCCUCCGGCUCAACGACCCUUCGCUAACCGUCCACCGUCCACCAUGUCCCGAAUGGAUACCUUAUCCUCAAAUACCCACUCUUCCCCGGGUCGUGGUCGAAAUACCUCGAGAAGACCAUUUUCACUCCCACCGCCAUCUGCUCACUCACAUUCCUCUCGACACUCACAGCCUACUUCCCCACGCUCCGGCAACAGUCGCAAUAAUGUCUACAUGCAUAAUUCCAACUCAGCAUCGCGGCAGAACCCUCGCUCAAGCGAUCCAGAGAUCGAUAUUGCCCAGUUCCCAGCAUGGUCGCGAAACUGGUACAAUUCGAAACCAGCCGCCACCUCCCCUCCCGACAUUUAUACCUCUCUCCCACCGUCAUCUUGGAGUCCCAGGAGGGCACCAUUUGACAACGGCGCAAUGUUCCGUCCUGACACCCUCCCGCAUUCAUCCUCCGAUUUCUAUGAUCCCUACAACCACCCUGCAUCUUCCCUUGGCCAUGAGUCUACUCGUGAUCUACUCCCCUGGAGCAGUGAACCGCCGGAUUAUGGGCCGAUGAUUGACUCUUCUCUCAAAGAGGAGCGUAUCCGCAUGCUGGAACGCGAGUUUGGUCCUAAUGCCAAGCCUAAAGGGCCAACGGAGAACAACGGCGAAUUUGUGGACGAGGAUGGGAAGCCCCUCGUUGGAACGGUUGAUUCUAAAGGUCGAUUGGUCACCAAAGGCCCCAGGAAACGACUUGCUUUGCGUAUGCUUCAAAUUGUCCUAUCACUUACUGCAGCAAUCCCAGGCAUAUAUGCCGCGUUGGCAAUCAAGCCGAAGGCAGAGGACAAGCCCCCACCCUCGGGUUCCGUCGCUGCAUACGUCCUCUAUGUGUUCUCAUCACUCACGGUCGUUCUUCUGCUCUAUCUGUUCCUAUUUCGCCCAUGUUGUUGUUCUGGACGACGGAAGAAAACCACUGGCCCUGGUGGAAAUCCCAUGGCCAAUGGUAUGAUGGUAUUGCCUGUUUCUGGCCUGCCUGGUAGCAAGAAGAAGGCCAAGAAAGCCAAAAGGGGCAAAAAGGGUAUGCCCAUGCCUGGUGGCGGUGAUGUUCAGGUCAAUCUUAUUGUCGAUCCCAACGCAUUCGGCGGUCGGCCAGAAGACGAUGAUGAUACUGACGACGAGUUGGAUGACGACGGAGGGUCAGUUCCUGGUUCGUUUGAUCCGGCGUCGGCGCGGAGGAAACGGAAACGGGCCAAGCGACGGAGUGUUUUCGCUGGACUCGCGAUGGAGGAGGCUUGGAAGGCGGCUCGGUCAUGGCUCAAGAAGAUCACAGCCGUUGAUACUUUCGGGCUCAUCCUAUGGGGUGCGGUAUUUAUAUUCAUACUGAUUGGCAAGCGUUGUCCAAGUGGGGGCUUCGAUGGCUGGUGCAACGCCUACAACGUCUCAACUGCCGCUGCCUGCUUGUUGUGUGUCUCGUUUGGCAUUGCCAUAUUUUUUGAUGUCCAAGACCUAUCUGGCAGUAAACUCUCUCCACGGACACGUACAUGA